AAUUUCAAACAAUCAUAUUAGGUUAAUGACAUUGACAAAAAGACAAAAAUUUGUUUACAUUUACAAAAAUGAUUUAAGUAAUAGUUUCUUAUAAUAUCAUGCGAAUAUAGUGAUUAUUGUUACGCAUGCUCGAACGCGUUUUAAAUGUCAAAACCGUGCGAAUUUAUCUACAUUUAUUUGCAUCGAGAAUCGCUAAGAUUUUCCUGACAGUUUCGCAUAAGUUAUGUCCUUGUUGCGUGCCUCGCACGAUUAUCAGAGUGGUAUGGCUAAACCGUAUUACAAAUUAAGAACUUCUCUUUUCGGACACACAUCCGACGUGAGAGCUGUAGCAACCUUCGCCGACGGAACUAUAGUUUCUACUUCCCGGGAUGAAACUGCACGUAUUUGGAAAUCAUGCGGAAAUGAUAAAGAUUAUGAGCACACUGCAACUUUAAAAGGACAUUCAAAUUUUGUCACCUCUGUAUGUGUUAUAAAUCCCUCUGAGCAAAAUCCUACAGGUUUUAUUAUUACUGGUAGUCAUGAUAAGACUAUACGAAUUUAUAUUUCGGACCAAGCAGAGCCCAUAAACAUUAUAAAAAGUCAUCAGGAUACUGUUUGCAAAUUGACAACUGGUACAAAGGAAGGAACAUUCUUAUCAAGUUCCUGGGAUAUGAGUGCUAAAUUGUGGAAUUUAAGUGAUUUAAGUAAACCACAAUUAAAUUUACUGGGUCAUACAGCUGCUGUAUGGUGUGUGGCAGAUUUGUUGAGUGGAUAUAUUAUAACUGGAUCUGCAGAUAAACUGGUUAUAAUAUGGACAAGCGAUGGUUCCAUACAUCAUAAAUUGAUUGGGCAUACUGAUUGUGUUCGUGAUAUAUCUGCAAUAAGUAGUAAUGAAUUUUUAACUUGUGCUAAUGAUGCCACUGUACGUCAUUGGAAUGUGUCCCUUGGAACUUGCUUAGGAACUUAUUGUGGACAUGAAAAUUAUAUCUAUAGCAUUUUAGCUUUAGAAAAUGGUACAAGCAUAUUUACUUGUAGUGAAGAUCGGACACUUAGGAUAUGGCAUAAUAGUGAACUAAGUCAAACUAUUACUUUGCCCACUCAAUCUGUAUGGUGUUUGGCUUUACUUCCUAAUGGUGAUGUAGUUGCUGGAAGCUCUGAUGGAGUUGUCAGGAUAUUUUCAUGUAAUCCUGAACGCUAUGCAGAUUCAGAGACAUUGCAAGAAUUUGAACAGCAAGUAGCUAGUGUUAAACUUAAUGCUCAACAAGAAUUAGGUGGGAUCAAAGUUAAGGAUUUACCAGAUGCCAAAGCUUUGCUGCAACCUGGACAGAGAGAUGGUCAAACUAAAAUAAUUAAUGAUGGAGAUGCUAUAAGAGCCUAUAGUUGGUCACAAAAUGAGCAAAGAUGGAUAAAAAUUGGAAAUGUUAUGGGUGCAUCAGGUGGUAGUGUAGCUACAUCUGGGAAACAGCUUUAUAAUGGCAUAGAGUAUGAUUAUGUGUUUUCAGUGGAUAUACAAGAUGGUAUUCCUCCAUUAAAAUUACCUUAUAAUAAUGAUCAGGAUCCUUGGCAUGUUGCCCAGAAGUUCCUUCAUGAUAAUGGUCUUAGUCAAUUAUUUCUAGAUCAGGUUGCAAAUUUUAUAAUAAAAAAUUCUGAAUCUGCACCAGUUUUGAAAACUGAUGCUCAAUAUGCUGAUCCUUUCACAGGAGGCAGUAGGUACAUUCCACAGUCGACAACAAAUACAGCUUCGCACGAAUUCACGAGAUCAACAGCAUCAAAUUCUUCAGACGCAUCUGUACCUUCUUAUAUACCUCAUACAAAAUAUUUGAAAUUGGAACAAGCUAAUCUUUCUCAAAUUUUAGAAAAGAUAAAAGAAUUAAAUACUAAACAAAAUGAUCCUUUUAAAGUACCAAAUGAUAAAUUGGAAUCUUUGGUGAAACUUGCUGGUGAUCAAGCUUCUGAGCAAUUAAAAACUGAUGCUUUAAGUACUUUGAAAAUACUUUUAAACUGGUCAGAUGAUAUAUUAUUUCCUGUGCUUGACAUUACUAGGCUUGCAGUACUUUGCAGAGAAGUCAAUGAUGUAUUAUGUACAGAAGAACUCUUGCAAAUUGUAAAAAAGCACAUCAAACCUGAUGCACUUCCUUCUAAUCAAAUGCUCACUUUCCGCUUACUGGCAAAUAUGUUCAGUCACGAGAAAGGUGAAAAACUAUGUCUUAAUUGCAAAGAUGAAAUACUAAAGCUUUUAUCAGAGUUAGAAUCCCUUACAAAUAAAAAUAACCAGGUAGCAAUUUCAACUUAUAUAUUGAAUUUAACUGUAGCUCUGAAUAAAUACAAUGAUACCCUUGGUAAAAUAGAAUGUCUGAAUGCAAUGUUCUCAUUAUUACCACGUCUCAAUGAAUCUGAAGCAGUAUUCAGAACUCUUGUUGCAUUAGGAACGCUUUUGAGUACGACAUCAAAUUCAGAAGAUCGAAAUAAUUUAAUAAAAGCAGUACGACAAUCAGAAGUUGCAUUGAAUAUACUUUAUACUAUAUCAGAAACUACAAUUCCAACAGAUAAGCUGGCAAAUUGUUCAAAACAGAUAAUCAGUUUAAUUAUUUAAAUAUAUAAAAUAUAAAAAAAAAUUGGAAAAAACAAUGGAACUCAAGACUCAAACUAUAAAGUGUUGUAAUUAACGAACAUAUUCACCAAUAUUGCGUUAAAUAGGUUUCUUAUAUUUUUUGCAAUCUGAUGGUUUAAACAUUAUAAUUAUCUCAUUGCUAAUAAAAGUACAUUUUGCCAUAAUUGAGAAAUAAUCUUUGUUUAUCAAAAAAACAUGUACAUUUCUUUUUAUCCUUUUCCUUUUAUAUGUAAAGAUCAGUUGCUUUAGUUUCAAUUUAGAUAAGAUAAUCUGUGUAUUUUAAAAUGAAAAUUAAUUAAAAUAUAUGUACAACAAUGAAUAUAAAAUAAUAAUUUAUGUAAUAUACAUGUAAUGUAAUUAAAUCUUUCGAGCACUUGCCCGACAAACAUACAACAGACAACAAGUGUAAUA